CCUUACAUCACUAGUGUACCGGCGUGACCAACCGCUACCCUGCAACUACAGCACUAUUUAAACUAAACCCUUUACAGAAAACAACAGACUCUUCGCUCUACCCGAAAGUGAAGACCAGAGAGAUGAUGCUGUACUGUGUUGUGUUGUUCACCACCGUGGUGACGUUAUGUCAUGGGCUGUACGUUCCCCCCGCACCCCGUGCUGAUGGACCGCUGGCGACAGACACAUACAACUACCACGAAGUUCUAGACGACAACUACCAUCUGUACUGGAACUUCAACUCUACACACAUCUUGUUCAAGGCCCAGGUCAGGACUAAUGGCUACAUUGGUUUCGGGAUUUCCCCAAACGGCGCCAUGACACACUCUGACGUCGUCAUUGGCUGGGUGAAAGAUGGACAAUCCCAUUUUGCUGACCGUCACGCCGAAGGAAACUUCUUGCCUGCUAUUGAUGCCAUCCAGGACUGGAGUCUGGUCUCAGCUGCUGAAUCUGGGGAAUACACGACCUUGAUCUUUGUCAGGAAACUCGUCACUUGUGACCCUGAUGACCUGCCCAUCACUAACGGCACUACCCGGGUUAUUUUUAGCUACAACCCGAACGACCCAGCCUCCGAUACCACGGUCAUGUACCACGGGUCGUCCAGACGAGGCGUCAAGUCCAUUUUGAUGCUGGACCCGCCUUCAAGCGAGGCCAACCAGAAACCACUGCCCGAUGACGUUGUGACCUUUGACUUCAUGAAUAAUAAUUUUACCGUACCAGCCAAGGACACCUACUACAGGUGUACGAUUGUCAAAUUACCUGACCUGGGUGGGAAACACCACAUGUUCAAGUACGAGCCCAUCAUCCAGGCCGGCCACGAGCAGCUUGUCCACCACAUCCUGGUCUACUACUGCCCGGGGAAGCUGGACGACAAGUUUCUGGACGUCUCCUACAUGUGCUAUGACGAGACCCCAGACAGGGAGCUGGACAAAUGCGAGCCGGUCAUGAUCUCAUGGGCAGUGGGGGGUCGGACUUUCAACUUCCCAGACAAUGUAGGUUACUCUCUUGGUGCACCCAAUGAUCCCGUCUAUUUCAGACUCGAAACUCACUACAACAACCCGGAUAUUAGAUCAGACUUUGUGGACAACUCUGGAAUAAGGAUCUACUUGACGAAACAGCUGAGGCAGUACGAUGCUGGACAGAUAAUGACAGGGUACACCGUUGACCCUUACCUGCUGAUCCCACCUUAUGAAAAAAGUUUCAUCACCUCUGGGUACUGUUCCACCGAAUGUUUAGGAAAGGGUGUUGGAGAUACAGAGAUAAAAGUCUUCGCCAACUUCCUACACGCUCACCUUCUGGGGAGGAAAAUACGAACACGUCACUUCCGGAAUGGCGUGGAGUUACCUACCAUCAUGGAAGACAACAGCUACGAUUUUAACUAUCAAGAGACCCGGAUGUUGAAGGAGGAGCGAGUGAUUAAGAAAGGCGACUUGCUACUAGUCGAGUGCGACUAUGACUCUUCUGAUCGGACUGCCGUCACUUUUGGUGGUUUGAAGACGACAUAUGAGAUGUGUUUAUCUUUCUUGAUGUACUAUCCCAAGGUUCCCAUUUCAAGGUGCUUAACCAGAACUGACUUCAUGGCACCCUUCAAUGAUGAGAACUACUUCAAUCAGAUCAACCAAAUGGACUGGACUAACGCUACUGUAAGGUCAGAGUUCAAGCGAUUGACUGACAGCUUUGGUAUGCUUGACACCUGUUUGUUGGAGUUUGCUGGACAAAGCAAUUACACUUGGAACAAAGCCCCACGACCAUCCGUUACUCAAGAAUUUCAGCCACCCAACCCGUGCGCGAUCUAAUCCUGGCUGCACCGGAGCUUGAUCUUCUUGACAAACAUAUUGUUAUUUCACAAUCCAUUUUUUAUAAAGUUUUUACGUCUUGGUUCUUUAUCAUUUUAAACAUAUAUAUUUUAUAAUCUGCAUUUUUUAUCUCAUUUUAUAUUUGGGAGUUUGACCACAAUAAACUACUUUU